AUGACGACGUGCGGGAAGUUGAAAGGCGGACUGGGUUUAUUAACUGCAUAUUCCCGGCGCUACCCGACCAUUUAUACUCCGAUGAGAAUAGCCGCUCUCGCCAAAGUAUCAACAACAAAACAGUUAUGUCACAGAGAGUUCUCCUGUACAACUACCUGCAAUGUGAUUCAUAAAAGUCCAUUCCCGGAUAUUCACAUCAAGGAAGAAUCUAUCUCGGAAUAUCUUUUACCAAAAUUUGAGAGAUUUGGAAACAGGACGGCACUUGUUGAUGGCAUUUCCGGGAAAUCGUACACAUAUGUUGAGAUGUAUGAUGCAGUAAUAAAGGUAGCUAGUGGCUUGUACAGGCUGGGGUACAGAAAAGGUGACGUGAUCUGCAUGUGCUCCUCAAACAGUACCGAGUUUGCCCUCCUCAUACUGGCGUGUGUGACCUCGGGGAUCGUACUCACUACCACAAAUCCGACCUACACAUCCGCCGAGCUCGCACGCCAUCUCGGUGAUUCUGGAGCCAUCGGUAUGGUCGUCAUGGCAACCCUAUUGCCGAAGGUCAAGGAGGCUCUUGCAAGUGACAAUAGUUUAAAAACAAUGAUCAGGAACAUUAUAGUGGUAGGAGAGGCUGAAGGAUAUCGUUCGUUCUCAGACCUACUCAACGAUGACGGUUCGUGCUUCCCUGAGAACCUCACAAUUAAUCCCAAAGAAGAUGUUGCACUGUUGCCGUACUCCAGUGGAACUACUGGAUUCCCUAAAGGAGUCAUGUUGACACAUCUGAAUAUUGUAUCAAAUCUUCAACAGAUAAGGGCACAACUUCCUCUCACCGCAGACGACACCAAUAUGUGUCUACUUCCGAUGUUUCACGUGGCAGGCUUGCUUGUUAUUUUAUUUGGAACCUUACAAGAUGGCGGCAAAAUAGUCAUACUACCUCAGUUUGAACCGGAGUCCUUCCUCACAACGAUCCAGCAACACAAGGUGACCUUGCUGUAUAUGGUUCCUCCAAUCGCGUUAUUUCUGGCCAGACAUCCAAUCGUUGACAAGUUUGACAUUUCAAGCGCACGACUACACGUAUGUGCUGCAGCUCCCCUGGGAGAGUUUCUAUGUAAGGAAUAUGAGAACAGAAUGAAGAAACCAAUAUUACAAGGGUAUGGGAUGACAGAAUUGAGUCCUUUUGCUACACUGGACACUAAACCACCUCAUCACUUUGGAACAGUGGGGUUACUUGUACCGAAUUCCAGGGCUAAGAUCGUAUGUCCAGAGACAGGGGGUACUCUCGGACCUGGGGAAACAGGGGAGAUUUGUAUACAGGGACCACAUGUUAUGAAGGGCUAUCUGAAUAACGAGGAAGCUACUAGGGACACUAUCAGGGAAGGCUGGCUUCAUACAGGAGAUUUGGGACUCGUGCGAGACGACGGUUGUUUUAUCAUCGCCGACAGAUUGAAGGAACUCAUCAAAUACAAAGGGCUUCAGGUUGCUCCUGCAGAACUUGAGGAUCUGCUACUAAGACACCCCGGAGUACAGGACGCCGCUGUGGUAGGAGUACCAGACGAGAGGGCUGGAGAAAUACCUCGUGCCUAUAUAGUACCUAAACCAAACAGCAAAGUCACUCCUGAAGACGUAUCCAGAUUUGUUGAAGAGCGUGUUGCUCCGUUCAAGACACUGACAGGAGGAGUAGAGUUCCUCAAAGAAAUACCAAAGUCACCCUCAGGAAAAAUUCUCAGACGAAUUCUACGGGACAUGUCAUGAACUAUCUGUCACAUGAAAAGGACAAAAAUCAGCAAAACUAUUUCCCCCGUGUCCGUAGUUUAAAGGAACCACUUGAAUUUACUUACAAAAAAAAUGGAACCAUAUACAUUGUAAUACAUAUUAAAGCAAAUCACGAGCGAGUCUCUGCCUUUGUGAGGACAAAACUGUACCAUACUUACUUAUUG